AUGGUUUUGAAGAUGCUGGAUGAAGAGGCAGUGACAGGACUGGACUCAGAAUCUGAAAUAUCAGAUGAUGAGGACCCAGACUAUUGUCCAGGUGGAGGUGUCGGUCGUCCGAAUCCAACUGAACAUGAUCAUGCGGACACAGAAGAUUCCUCUAGUGAGUCCUCUGAGGAAGAAAGUGAGGUCCAAAUUCCGUCCAACAGAAUGAGUCGUAAGGGCUCUUACUGGAGCGAGUUACCUCCCACCCAGGGCAGAACACCAAACCACAACAUCCUGAGAAGUCGCUCAGGGCCUGCACCAGGGCUAACCACCACUGUCUCACCAAAAGAUGCAUGGGAGCUCUUUAUCACUGAUAAUAUCAUCCAAGAGGUGAUGAAGUGCACAAACUUGGAGGGACGGAGAGUAGCAACAGCUAGAGGAAAAGAGUGGAAACAUGUUGACAAAGAUGAAUUAAUGGCCCUCACUGGAUUGACCCUUCUUGCAGGAAGUGAGAAGAACUGGGAUGUAUCAGUCCGUGAGCUGUUUGGGAGUCCUUUACAUAAUCCCAUGUACAAGGCCACUAUGGCUGUUGGACGAUUUGAAGAUAUUCGCCGUGUCUUGCGCUUCGAUGACAAAAGGACCAGAGCCGUUCGACUGGAAACAGACCACAUGGCAGCCUUCCGUUACAUAUGGGACCUGUUCCUGGUCAACUGCAGACGGCGAUUUAUCCCCACUGAUUGUGUCACUGUAGACGAACAGCUUGUGCCAUUCAGGGGGAGGUGCAAGUUUCUACAGUACAUGCCAAAAAAGCCCGCCAAGUAUGGUCUGAAGAUCUUCUGGGUUUGUGAUGCACGCAUCCCCUAUGCAAUAGAUGGAACGGUUUACACGGGGAGACAACCAGGGGAAGAAGUUCAGAAGAAUCUGGGGGAAAACAUUGUCCAGCAGUUGUGCAGUACAUUCAGAUACACAAGGCGCAACAUCACCACAGACAACUUUUUCACCAGUGUGCCUCUUGCACAGCAUCUCCUGGAGAAGGAUCUCACGAUUGUGGGGACUCUGCGACAGAACAAGCCAGGCAUCCCUCCUCUGAUGAAGGCUUCCAAGUCCAGGGAGGUUCACAGCACAGAGUUUGGCUUCAAUGGCAGCCUUACCAUGGUCAGCUAUGUCAGAAAAAAAGGAAUGGCUGUUGUGCUCCUGAGCAUGAUGCAUCAUGACAAAGUGGUGGAUGAAAGUAGCAGGAAGAAAAAACCAGAAGUGAUCACAUUCUACAACAAGACCAAAGGAGGUGUAGACACCAUGGACCAGAUGGUUGGCACCUACACCUGCAAGCGUCAAACACAGAGGUGGCCCAUGGUGCUGUGGUACAACAUACUUGACAUCGCCACCCUGAAUGCCUACACCUUUUUCACUGCUCAGCACCCUGAAUUCAAGAGUGGUAUCACCAAUGCACGACGGCUCUUCCUCAAUGAGCUCUCAAAAGAGCUUGUCACACCACACAUGAGACGUCGACUGGAAGGUUGCCCCCAACUGCGAACCCCCAUCAUUGAAGCAAUGGGAAGGUGUGGGGUGACAAAAGCCACAACUCAGCCACAAGAAAGAAGCAGACAGGGCCAACCAAAGAGAAAGAGGUGUCAGAUCUGCCCAAGCAACAAAGAUCAUAAAGUCAACAGUCAGUGUGGGAAAUGCAAUGUACCUGUGUGCAAUGAUCACAGCCAGAAACAG